AGCAAGUUGAUAUUUGGUCGUCCAGAAACGUGACUUUAGCCUCACGAGGAUGUAAAACGUAUAAUAAAAGCAUGUUAAACUGUUAAACUGCUCUAAAGGUCCAGCAUGGCACUUUAUAUGAAAGCAGCAGAGAUUCUUGAUAAAGUGGAGAAAAAGAAGGGUGCUGUGAAAACUCUGGUCUACGACAGUAAAUUUCAGAAUAUAAAGCAGCUCUUCGCCCUCGUGUGUGAGACUCAGAAAUAUUCCCCCGUGCUGCAGGAGGUUAUCGACAACACCAGGCUCGUGAAAGAAACCAAACUCCGACACAACUUAGCAAAGGUUCUGGUUUAUGACUUGCUCAUUGGUCAGGGCGUAAAAUGUGGUGGAAACUGGAAGGCAGUGAUGUUGAAACAUCGGCCCAGACUACAAGCUGCUUUGGCUCGAAUUAAAGUCAAGCGGAAAGUAAGUCGAAAUGAAGACCUGCUUCCUGUCAGCGUGCAGUCUAACAAAGAUAUCCCCCGUUACAUACGUGUUAACACGUUAAAAACAACUGUGGAGGACGUCAUUGACUACCUGAAGAGAGAGGGAUUUUCAUAUCAAGGAAAAGCAAGCCAGCUUGAGGAUUUAUGCUCUAUAUCUGGAAAGGGUUUUAUAAGUGAUCUUCACCUCAGAGAUCUUCUGGUGUUCUGUGGGAAAAUGGACUUCCAUGAUCAUUACCUGUACAAGGCAGGGCACAUUAUCCUUCAAGACAAGGCCAGCUGUCUCCCAGCGUACCUCCUCGAGCCCCCUGUUGGAGGCCAUGUGAUUGAUGCUUGCGCAGCUCCUGGUAAUAAAACCAGCCAUCUGGCAGCCAUCAUGAAAAAUAAAGGCAAGCUGUUUGCCUUCGACAUUGAUACGAAGCGACUCUCCACUAUGAGCACUCUCCUCCUCCGUGCUGGAGUCACAUGUCAUCAGUUGGCCAAUGAGGAUUUUCUCAAAGUGGAUCCACUUUCUCCAGCUUACAAGGACGUGAGACACAUUCUUCUUGAUCCAUCGUGCAGUGGUUCAGGAAUGGUGUGUCUGCAGGAUGCUGGCUCAGAGGAACAGGAGCAGCAGCCUGAGCGUCUGAAAGCGCUAGCUGCAUUUCAGCUGCACUGCCUAAACCACGCACUGAAGUUCCCAAAUCUCCAGCGCCUCGUCUACUCCACCUGCUCCAUUCACCCACAGGAGAACGAGGAGGUUGUGUCUGUCUGUCUCGAGAAAAAUCCUGACUUUAGAUUAAUUCAUCUUCUUCCUGAGUGGCCUGAGCGGGGACAUGAUCCACUAACACAGUGUCUUAGAGCCAGCACUACAAAAACCUUCACUCAUGGUUUCUUUGUAGCCAUGCUGGAAAGAUGCGCUCCGCCACACAUCGAAAGCCUGGAUGAACAACAUAACUAUCAUCACAGGCCUCCUUCCAUGAGUGAACCUUCUGUUGGUGAAGAGAUGCAAACUGUGGUAUCUGUGGAUGAACAACUUCAGCCUCCUGCAGCGAAGAAAAGGAAAAGAAAUAGAAAGAAACCCAAAAAGCAACAAUCCUAAAAUGUUAACCAUGAAAUAUGUACUGUAUCAUGUAUAGUGUUGAAGUUUUAAUAUUUUAUGAAGUCUUAAGGAGCAAUAUGAAAUAUAAAGAACAUUUUUCAUUUAAAAAAUGUCUUCAUGGGAGCAACUUUAACAUCUUUAGGUAUCUUAACCAAUGUAAAAUUUAUUCCAGAACUUGAGUCAUUUAAAGGUGACAUAGUACACAUUCACUUUAGCCACAUUGAUGGGUCUAUUUUUUGCAUGUACAUUCAAAGAAAUGUCAGGGAAAAAAAAAAAAACUUUCUUUUUCCAUGUUGUAUUGGUUAGGGCUUAAACAAGUCAAUUAGAAUCCCCCCAUAAUGUGACCUUGUUGCUCAGCUCUACUGUUCCUGGUGGGCCAGGGCUGGUAGUAAAAACCAAGUAAUUUUAAGCUACAAAAAUCAGCUGCGGGGUAUUUCACCCGCAAUAUUAACAGAAACACAGUGGGAGCUCUGUAAGUGGCAUUAACCUUUUACAGAAACAGUAAAAAAAAAAAAAAAGGAACCUUUAGGACUCCCUCAGUCCAUAUCUAAGUAAAACACUGAACCAUUUAUUUUUUUUAACUGCACGCCAGGCAAAGACUUUGUUACAUUUUAUUUUUAUUGAAAACCAGCACAUACCACCAGAACAGACACAGAUUUAUUUUAAAAUGCUGCUCCAAGUCUCGCAUACACACCUGCACACACACUUUUCCAGACAUUAAAUUUACACCCACACGCUACACGUGAAAAACAC